CAGAAAUAUCAAUUUUUCUAUGUCCAUUCGGCAGCCUUAUAUCUGUACAUUAUUUUAUCCGAUUCAAACAUCUUUAUUUUUAUUUUCAGAAGUCAAAUCUCUUUCCCCUUCCCUCUCGAACUCUAGAGAUCUAGAGGGAGUCGAGAAGGAGAAAUCGGUUAGAAUGGCAUCCAGAUGCGAGAUCCUCUGUGAGAUCCUGCUCGCAAUUUUCCUCCCUCCUCUCGGCGUUUGCCUCCGCCAUGGCUGCUGCACCGUCGAAUUUUUCAUCUGCUUGGUCUUGACGAUAUUAGGUUACGUCCCUGGUAUAAUUUACGCCCUCUACGCCAUCGUCUUCAUCGAUCGCGACAGGCAUGUGUGCCAAGGUUCCUCCAUAUCUUUAUAUUCUUCAGAUAUGAUCCGCCAGCACCGUCACUCGAGACGCGAGCCGUUGAAAAUCAAUGACCUUUCAAACGUUAUACACCGCCAGUUUUGGGUUCCAGAAGCCUCACCUCAGGCCGCCGUACUAAACUCUGGUCCCAGCCGUGGUGGGUUGACACAUGGUACAGUCUGGACAUCGAAGUCUGUGCACCCAGAUCGUCGCACGUCGAAG